CCGGCGGAGAGGGCAGGCGGGAGAGUGAACGAGCGAGCCGCGAUCAGCCGCUUUCCCUCCUCCUCCACCUCCGUCCUGUGCAGGCGGGCAGGAAGCGGCGGGUGGGCCGGGCUGGCGGCUGCUGCUGGCGUCUCCGGGCCCGCGAGAGGCUCCCUUGUCGCCGCCUGCGUCAGAAGCCGGCGGAGUUUUCCACUGACGACAAAGGGCAGCGCAAGCAGCUGAGCCGAGCGGGGAGGGGAGGCGGAGCCGGCGAGCCGAGCCAGGCACGGGCGGGCCAAACCAGCCAGCCAGUCUCUCCGCAGCCUCCGACGCAGCAGCAGCAGCAGCACACAGACGCCGCCGCCUGUCUGGGCGAAGACGACGAUGCGAGCCUGAGCGGCCCCCCCGACAGCGCCUCGCUUCCCUUCCCGCCGGCUGCAGCGCCAGGAGCAGUUACUCAUCAUGACUGGAGUAUUAAAACGGAAAUAUGACGAGUUGGAAGACGAUGCCCCGUAUUCCUCCUCCUCUUCCUCCUCCUCCCCGUUCUCCUCCUCUUCGGCUUCUUCCACCUGGGAAUCGGAUGAGGAAAACUCCCGAGGAGACGUCAAGGCCAGCCUGGCUUUGAACACCGACUUCACGCCCACGUCCAUCCUGAAGAAGAGCAAACGCCUCAAGCGGAACGCCGUGGAGUUCGACCGUGUCACUGUCUUCUACUUCCCGCGCUGCCAGGGGUUCACCAGCGUGCCGAGCCGGGGCGGCUGCACCCUGGGCAUGGUCAACCGGCACAGUUUCGCCCGGGAGUUCACGCUGGCAGAGUUUUCCACCGAACAGGAAGCCGUUCGGCGGGAGAAACUCAAGGAGCGGUUGAAAGAGGAGAAGCUGGAAGCCCUGAAGUGGAAACUAACCAUGAACGGUACGAAAGAGUCAGACACGGCCAACCAGCUGACCACAGAAGACAUCUCAGACGAUGACAUUGACCUCAGCGGCACAGAGCCGGAGGACGGCUUCUUCCUCCAGCCUUACCCGGCCAAAAAGAGGCGGGCUCUGCUCAAGGCCCUGGGCAUGAAGAAGAUCGACAAGGAGGAGAAGCGGGAGCUCCACAGCAUCCGCCUCUCCCGGGAGGACUGCGGCUGCGACUGCCAAGAGUUCUGCGACCCGGAGACGUGCAGCUGUAGCUUGGCGGGGAUCAAGUGCCAGAUGGAUCACACAUCGUUUCCGUGUGGCUGCACGAAAGAUGGCUGCGGUAACACAGAAGGACGCGUAGAGUUCAACCAGGCCCGAGUGCAGACGCACUUCAUUCACACCAUCAUGAAGCUGGAGCUGGAGAAGAACCAGCAGAGGAGCGUGGAGCUGGAGGCGCCGUUCUCGGACAGGCUUCACCCCUUUGGGUGUCCGGUGGGCAAGACAGCGUUUGAGGAGCGGACUCCUCCCUUAGCGCCUGCCUUCCAGUUCAACAUGGACUUGGAGGCAAUUGGCGAGAACAGCUGCAGCAGCGACAUGACCGACUCCUCGGCGUCCUCCAGUCAGAGCGAGGAUCUGGAAGAGCCAUACGAGGCUGCCCCGUCGGAGAAGUCGCAGUCGGACGUUGACGACGACGGCCUGGCGCGGAUCCUCCACUUUAACGAUUCUGACGUGGAAGAGGAGAGCAGUGCGGAGAGCAGCUGCCAGGAUAACUUGAGCUCAUUCCACCCGACGGACUUCUUCAGUGCAGAUGUCGAAGGCCACUGUGUUAACGCCGCCGCUGCGAAACUGGACGCUGGGAGUGGGUUGAGCCACUUGUCCAACCUCACGGAGUGUUUGGACGAAAAUGCCAACCAGGAUGCCAGCUGCUUUCUAGAAGAAACCUCCACCGGAGCACUGGGCGGGGACACCCCAUGCUGCCCACCACCCUCAGCGGAACAGUGUUCCCGGAACUACAUGGAUCUGAGCCUCUCCUCAGACUCGCUGGAUUUCUUCCAAUCAUUCUCGGACUACAACUUGGGACCCCUUUAUAACUCGUUGAAGGAGUACGAGAACCUUGACAACUUUUCGGCACUGCAGCUCCAGCUGCCGAAUUUUCCCAACAUGCCCCAGGUGGGGGACCAAGGCACCUGUUUUUUGGAGUCUUUGAUUGGCUUAUCAGACUCAGUCCCAGAAACCCCAGCGCCUUUUACAGACAAUCAGCUUUUAGAAGAUGCCAUGAAGUCAUCACUAAUGGAGACUGUGAAGGUUUAAAUUUGACUGUGGGGGGAAAUCCCCCCCCCUUGGAAACUUUUUAAGUGCUUGGUUUAAAUAAGCAGGCCUUCCCGCAAGAGAAGGAAAUUGCACCGAGAGUUUUGGAAGCAAGCAAAUAAUUUGUUCCUUUUUUUUUUCUAACACUUUGAAAUUCUGCAGUUACAAUCAGUUUUGUUACUGUUUGUGCAAAAAAAAAAUGCUCUGCCUUUUCAUGGCAUUGGUUGGGGAGGGGGGCAAAAAGGAAAGACAGCUUUGCAAAAUGAUUGACUUGCAUUUUGUACAUGGGAACAGGGGAGACCUUUGGAGACGUAUUCCUUAUGUUUAACCUUGUGGGUCGUCCAUGGAGCACCUUCGGCCAUCAUUUCUGGUGUUGGCAGGCAAUUUCUCAAAUUUCUUUGGGAUUUAUAUCUAAAUAUCUAUAUAUUUAUUGUGCAGAUGAUUUGCUCGAGAGCUAGCUCUCACUUAAAUGGGAAGACGUUUACAUUUAAAAAAAAGA